AUGGCCACCCCGCAGGAACUUGUCCCCCAAACCGAAUCUAUCGCUGAGGUCUAUGCCACCGACGAUGCGUCUGCUAGAACUGCCACUCCAGAGCACCUGAAGCGCUUCAACAGCUUGGUCUCCCAGUUCAACAAGGUCUACAGCCACCGGCCCGAUUUUGUCGCGCGAAGCCCUGGUCGCGUGAAUAUUAUUGGAGAGCACAUCGACUACAACCUAUACGACGUCCUUCCUACAGCCGUGAGUGUCGACGUGAUUAUUGCCGUCAAGGUCGUCCCUUCUGCUGGCUCAGAAUCCACCGUAAAAAUCGCCAAUGUUGUGCCGGACAAGUUCCCGUCUCGGGAGUUCACUGUACCCAAGGACACGGACGUGGAAAUCGACCCCAAGAAGCAUGAGUGGGUGAAUUACUUCAAGGCUGGACUUGUCGGCGCGCUCAAGGUUCUGCGCAAGAGUGGUUCCUUUGCUCCAGCUAGUAUGGAGGUACUUGUGGACGGAAAUGUGCCUCCUGGUGGUGGUAUCUCCAGCAGCGCGGCUUUCGUCUGCUCUAGUGCGCUCGCUGUUAUGAAGGCCAACAACCACGAUGUGUCCAAGCAGGAUUUGCUUGAUCUAGCCGUCGUCUCUGAGCGUGCCGUCGGUGUAUACUCCGGAGGCAUGGACCAGGCUGCUUCCAUCUUCUCUCGCCGCGGAUACCUCCUCUACACCCAGUUUUUCCCCAACUUCUCCGCACAGCACGUCCCAAUCCCCAGGGCCGCCGAAGAAAUCACUUUCCUCAUGGCCCAGAGUUUCGUCACCUCCAACAAAGCAGAGACAGCCCCCCGCCACUACAACCUCCGCGUUGCAGAAUGUACACUGGCCGCCGUCGUUCUCGCCAAAGCUAACGGCAUCCACCUGCCCAAGGACAACAGCUCCCUCGGGUACAGCCUCCGCAACUUCCAUAACGAGCUCAUGCGAAAAGAAGGCCGCCUCGGCGACCCCCUCGAGUACCAAAUCGACUCUGUAAUCCAGGCUACUCUCGACCUCCUCACCCAGGAACAGGGCUACACACGCGAGGAAAUCGCACAACUGCUAUCCAUAUCCGUCCCCGAGCUCGAAUCCACAUACCUCUCGUCCUUCCCCGUCCAAGCAGAGCGCUUCCUUCUCCGCCAGCGCGCCCUACACUGCUUUAGGGAAGCCCGCCGUGUCUUAGACUUCAAGGCCUGCCUCGCAAACCACUCAACACUAGACGACAAGCGCAUCCGCUACCUCGGACAACUUCUCAACGAGUCGCAGGACUCGUGUCGUGAGGUUUACGAGUGUUCUGCUCCCCAGGUUGAUGAGAUCUGCGCCAUUGCGCGCAAGGCAGGAACAUGGGGAAGUCGGUUGACAGGAGCCGGGUGGGGAGGAUGUACCGUUCAUAUGCUGCCUCAGUCAAAGGUUGAGGCUGUAACGAAGGCACUGAAGGACGGCUACUAUCUGAAGCAUUUCCCUGAUAUCAGUGAGGAGAAGUUGAAGGAGGCGAUGGUUAUUUCCAAGCCAUCUAACGGGUCAUUUAUGAUUACGGGAGCCGCGAUUUCAGAGGUUGAUGUUUGA